GGCAGUAUCUGUGGGGCCCUGUUAAUGCAGCUCCCUCUGUCCCGCAUCACCAACGGUUUUAACGGCUCGACGUUCCAUUAUUUCCAACUUGGGUCCGUUAAAGGGAAAGUGGCAGGUUCUGAUUUUUGUUUUAUUAUGAAUGGACUGAGUUGCCGGCCGCCAACAGCUGAGCCUUGUUGAUUCAGCCCUUUAAGGAGAAGGAGGGCUCUCCCUGCGAGCCCUCCCGGCCUUGUUGCAGCUGUGAAACCCGCACUGCUGCAUGUUUCUGCUGAGGAUGGAGUCUCCGCCUAUAAUCGUGCAUCAGGGCUUGUUAUAAUGAACCUACUGCUAUGGCAAGCAACACUCUUGAAGGCUUCCAUGAGGUGAACUUGGCUUCACCUUCCUCUCCAGGUUACCCUGAACUGGAGACCUCAGAAAUUGCUACUUCAGAGCUUCCUUAUCACCCUCUUUCAUUGGUGAGCUCAACCCCAAUUCAACCCACUACACUGGUUGCUGUAGAUCUUCCUACACAGCCAAUUUAUCCAUCCUCUCAACAUCUCAGCAGUGGAGAGUCAAGAAAUGUCAGCAAUCAGUUCUCAAUGUCAUGUGCCACUUCUGGAACAGUGUACGGCUCAUCAAAACAUCAGACGAGUGAUAUUGGCAAUCAUCGUGCUGAGGUGGAAUUUUUACAAGGUGUACUCGCAAAUGAAGUGCAAGAAGAUGCAGAAGAUGCCUUGGGCCAAAGUACAGACAGUUUGUCUCAUUUGAGAAGUCCCUUUGUAUUGGAAGUCAGGGAGAAAGGCUACGAAAGACUAAAAGAAGAACUUGCUAAAGCUCAGAGGGAGCUGAAAUUAAAAGAUGAAGAAUGUGAGCGAUUAUCCAAAGUUAGAGACCAACUGGGCCAAGAACUAGAAGAACUUACAGCUAGUUUAUUUGAGGAGGCUCAUAAAAUGGUACGAGAAGCAAAUGUCAAACAAGCUGCAGCAGAGAAACAGUUAAAAGAAGCACAAGGCAAGAUUGACGUACUGCAAGCAGAAGUGGCAGCAUUGAAAACACUAGUCCAGUCCUCUUCACCAACGUCACCUACGAAGGAGCUUCAGCCGAAUGCAAAAGCUCACUUUAAAAAGGGACAUGUUCGAAAUAAAAGUACUAGCGCUAUGGCCAGCAGCAGCCAAGAGCUGAAUGUGAUGCAACCUAUUGUCCGAGAUUGUAAAGAGGUUGAUGCGCUUCUGUUUGGUGAAUUUAAAGCCUGGAAAGAAGACCCUACAAUUGAUAGAACUUGCUGUUUUUUAGACAGAAUCUAUAAAGAAGAUAUAUAUCCUUGCUUGACAUUUUCAAAAAGUGAGCUAGCUUCAAUGAUUCUUGAAGCUGUGGAAGGUAACACACUUAGUAUUGAACCAGUUGGAUUUCAGCCUCUACCUGUUGUGAAAGUGUCUGCGCUGGAGUGUGGGGGACCCAAUGGAUGGAGAGCUGAAAUUGCAACAAAAUGUGCUCUAAGUGGUCAAACUAAAACGUGUAAGCAUCGAAUAAAAUUGGGAGAUUCCAGUAGUUAUUACUAUGUUUCACCAUUUUGUAGAUACAGGAUUAUGUCUGUAUGCAACUUCUUCACUUAUAUUCGGUAUAUUCAGCAGGGUCUUGUUAAACAGCAAGAUGUUGAACAAAUGUUUUGGGAAGUGAUGCAUCUGAGGAAGGAAAUGUCACUAGCCAAACUGGGAUUUUACAAGGAGGAACUCUGAAGUCCAGCCAUUGGAAAAAAUGCAUGAGUUUUACUCAAAUGAUCAACAAUGAUGUAGUUCCUAAGACUUAUUCUCCAAAUAUUUAUUUCUGUAGUCGGCCUACCAUCUCUGAUUUUGUUUUUAAUAGUUGUGCUUAAGUACUACAAGGGUAGUUAAUUUCAACAAAUGACAAUGGACUGGAAAAUAUUCUUUCUGUUAUUUGCAUUUAGUUUCGGGCAUUUGAAGGACUAGAGAAUAUUUGCGACUGUAUCAGUGGCAUUGCAUAGAAAAUAAAUUGUGUGUAAUGAAAACAGCUGAAAUAAAUGUUGACCUCUUAACUGUUCUGCAACAUGUUUGCAAGAGAACUAAA